AUGAAUUUAAACUUUACCUCCCCAGUGCAUCAGGUGUCCACCCAGAGACCUACCUCAUUCUUCAUAGAGGACAUCUUACUACACAAACCCAAACCCCUGCGAGAGUCAACCAGCAGCAGCCAUUUCAGCUCAAACCUCUUCACGUCCAGGGUGCCCCUGCUGGACUAUGGCUACCCUCUCAUGCCAACCCCAACUAUCUUGGCACCACAUCCUCACCACCCUUUACACAAACCUGACCACCACCCCUUCUUCCUAGCCACCUCAGGUCUGCCCAUGCCGGCGUUAUUUCCCCACCACACAGAGCUACCAGGGAAGCACAGCAGAAGAAGGAAAGCACGCACUGUCUUCUCAGACUCCCAGCUCUCUGGCCUGGAGAAACGCUUCGAGCUGCAGCGCUACCUGUCCACCCCAGAGAGAGUCGAGCUGGCCACAGCCCUCAGCCUGUCCGAGACCCAGGUAAAAACCUGGUUCCAGAACCGGAGAAUGAAACAUAAAAAGCAGAUGAGGAAAAGUCAAGAUGAUAAGACCCCAUCAAGCGACGGACACAUGGACCCCGGCUCCAGUGACACAGAAAUGGGGGACAACAGGGGGGACUCUGGGGCAGACAAGGACAGUAGCCAAAACCUUUACCUGAGGGAGGAGGUGGAUGAUGAGGUGGACAUAAUUGAGGAUGACAUGUGCCCACCCCACCUAUUAUAA